AAGAGGGAGAGAGUCAAGAGCAAUUAAAUCUUGAAGGAUGUCCAGUGCAUGCAUUCCAAAUCUGAUUCUGGAUAACUUUCCAUUUAAUGACAUGUAAAUCUCUAUAUAUUAAGGCCAGCCCAUCUUCUACCCUCCAUUGACUCCUAUUUCUCUCUCUAAACAAUCUCUCUCGGCGCCAUGACGAUCUCCAAGGCUCAUUCCAAUGAACCAGAGGCCCCUCCUAUCCAAGAGGAGAUGAAUUCAAAGUUGAUAGUGUCAUUCGGAGAGAUGCUGAUCGACUUUGUUCCUACGACUUCUGGGGUCUCAUUGGCUGAGGCUCCUGGUUUUCUCAAGGCACCGGGAGGUGCCCCUGCCAAUGUUGCUGUUGCCAUAACUAAACUCGCUGGUAGAUCUGCUUUCAUAGGAAAGUUUGGGGACGAUGAAUUCGGGCAUAUGUUGGCUGAUAUAUUGCGAGAGAAUGGUGUCGAGGACAAGGGCGUGUUGUUCGAUCCAGAUGCUCGCACUGCUUUAGCAUUUGUGACCUUAAAGAGCAAUGGGGAGAGAGAGUUCAUGUUUUAUAGGAACCCAAGUGCUGAUAUGCUCCUUAAGGAGUCUGAGCUCAAUCUCUCUCUCAUCAGAGAGGCAAAAAUCUUUCACUAUGGCUCCAUAAGUCUCAUCUGUGAGCCGUGUCGAUCUGCCCACAUGGCUGCCAUGAAGGCGGCAAAGGAUGCCGGAGUUUUCCUCUCCUACGAUCCAAACGUCAGGUUGCCACUUUGGCCUUCUCCUGAAGCUGCUAGGAAUGGAAUCUUUAGCAUAUGGAAAGAAGCAGACUUUAUUAAGGUUAGUGAUGAUGAGGUGAGGUUUCUGACAGAAGGGGAUGCACAAAAUGAAGAGGUGGUGUUGACAUUGUGGCAUGAUAACCUCAAGUUGCUAGUGGUGACUGAUGGAGAGAAGGGCUGCCGCUAUUUCACCAAGAGUUUCAAAGGAAAAGUGGAUGGAUUUGCUGUGGACACUGUGGACACAACGGGUGCUGGUGAUGCAUUCGUUGGGGCAUUCCUGGUUCAGCUUGUCCGCGAUUCAUCAGUUCUUCAGGCUGAAAGUAAAUUGAGAGAUGCUCUUCAGUUUGCCAAUGCAUGUGGCGCUAUUUGCACCACCCAAAAGGGUGCAAUUCCAGCAUUGCCAGACCCAUCUGCAGCACUCAAGCUUAUUGACGAAUCCAAGCCCACCUAAAUACAUAUUCCCCACCUGCCUUUUCGUUCUAGUUACAUAAUACUUUUUCCCCUCUUUUAUCCAUUUUGUUUCCUAAUGGAAUAAUAUCUUGGUCCCCUCUUUUAUGCAUUUUGUUUCCUAGGAAUAAUAUCUUGGUGGUGAACAAUAUGCAGAUAUCAUGGUCCUUUAGUUUGGUCGUUUUUAGAAAAUAAAUUCGUGGGGUAUAUAAUUUGUUUGCUC